AUGGCCUGUGCAGAAAGUACUACGAUCAACAAUAAAACUAGUUCUUCCGAAGAAAUACUUUUCGAUGCAGUCGAAACAAAUAAUGUGUCUGCUGUGAAGAAUUUAAAAAAAGGUGAACUUCUACACUUAUCUCAGAUACGUCGUCGUUUUCCUUCUGAAUGGUCAUCACCAGAUAAAGAACAACAAACAGCUUAUCAACGUGCAUGUCUUCUUGGUCAUACAGACAUUGUACAAUGUAUGUUGAAUGCUGGUAUUCUAGUUGAUCAAAGUUUCCCUGGUGGUGAUUCGUAUUCUACUAUACGUGGAGCAUUUCUUUUUGCGUGUCAAUCACGUUCAAUGCCAACAAUUCUUACGUUACUCGACGCUGGCGCACCUGUUGACGAAUUUGGUUCAUGUUCUCUCGCCUAUGCUCGCUCAUUUGUACCUAGUAUUUCUAUCCAUUAUUCAAGUGAAAUUCAAGCAGUCUCUUGGGAGAAUCUCUAUCCUAUUCACUAUGCCAUUGUCGACAAUAAUCUCGAAUUAUUGCAAAAACUGAUCACUCCUAAUACAUACAAGUUAGUAACAAAUCAAUGGUUCACUCCUUUGCAUAUAGCAUGUCUUUUCAAUCGAUCUAUAACAAUGAUUGAUCUAUUGCUUUCAUAUGGAGAUGCUAAUACUGCAAUAUUAGCCAAAACAAGUAAUAACAAAUUCCCUGAUGAACUUGCAACGGAUUCAACAAUAAUCGAAUAUCUUCGACCUACACGUAUGUCCAUUUACACAGAACUGGAGAAAAAUCGUCAUGAGAAGCAUGAACAUGAUUUAAAAUCACUUGAAGAAGGAACUAGUUUUCAGAUUUUUAUUAAAACUCUUACAGGUACAACCAUGACAAUUAUUGUUACGAAAGAAGAUACUGUCGAAAGUUUGAAGGCAAAAAUUCAAGACAGGAAAGGUAUUCCACCUGAUCAACAACGAAUUAUAUACAUAGGGAAGCAACUACAAGAUGCUCGCAUACUUUCCGACUAUGACAUUUCAAAAGGUGCUACCCUUACUUUAGUAGUUAAUAUGCGUGGUGGAUAUCGUCAUUGA